AGCCCGGGGGUGGUCAGGAAUUGCAAUCUACCCUGGGUAUCGGGAUACUUAACUCUCAUUCUUGGUCGUGCCAACCAGAUAAUGGGCUGCAGAAACGGUCGAUUAGUUUUCAUAAUUUUUUUGGCCUGAAAGCACGUGCAGACCAUUUUUCCGUAGUCGGAUAGUCUACUAUAAAGCCAGUGAUGACGAUUUGAAAUUUCAGUACGCUUCAAUCAUCAUCACUGUCAAAGCCAUUGAAAAAAAAUAUAUAUUUCUAUUUGGGACAAAUUACAUUGUGGUUUAUAUUUAUCGUUUGAGCGGAUUUAUUUUGUGUGUAUGCCAUCAAAAUGUCACUUGGAAAUAGUCGCACAGAUCAUUUGCAAGUCUGUAGUGAUCCCAUGUGUACGGCAACCUCUGACCCCUACUCGGGCAGGUUAAGUUGCCGGUGUUUCCAGAGUCAUAUGCGGGAUGCCAGGACAGGGUAUCAACCGAACGGGCAGUUCCCCUCCAUCCCCAGCACCUCCUACCACCCCCACAUGUACUCUAGUGGCUACGGCAUGGACCCAAUGGCAAACCCGUCUUCAAUACUGCAGGGCUCACAAACGAUGCGGAUGGACAGCGGAUCAUAUCCGUCUAUUCCAUCCAGCACGCUGACGAACGGAGGCCUCCACUCAUCGUCUCUACUCUCAACCAGUCUUCCUCCGCCGAGCACGUUAACCUCAAGUGGAAUCACAUCAAACAGUUUGACGUCACAGUUUCAAGCGCCCCUCUCACCUAGUCUGGUCACCGCAUCCAGUGUGAAUAAUUUAGACACUGUGUUGCGAUCCCAAGUUUACAACUAUAUGAAUAUGCAGUAUUCAGGGUUCGACAUGAAUGGAGGAAGACGAAAAAACGCUACACGGGAAACUACUGCUCCUCUCAAAGCAUGGCUAAAAGAACACAUGAAAAAUCCCUAUCCAACAAAAGCAGAAAAAGUUAUGCUUGCCAUCGUGACGAAAAUGACUCUGACACAAAUUUCAACGUGGUUUGCAAAUGCUAGACGAAGGCUGAAGAAAGAAAACAAGAGUGAAUGGAAUUCGGAUCAUUCAAAUAAUUCUAGUGAUGACGAUAACACAAACGAUGAUAUUCCCGCCAAUUCUGAUGAUCGUCUGUGUGUUGAACCUAUUCCUCCCCAAGCGGACGAAAUAGCAGACGAGAUUUCCGAUUCUGCAUCAAAACUUCCAGAAGCAACUAUUUCAAUCCCGCCAAUGACCAGACGAUAUGAACAUUUACCAACACUACAACCAGAAUCCACUUCCACAUUCGAUCCCACCAACACACCUCUCAAAGUUCCUCUUCCCUCUUUUUCAACUUUUAUGAGUGGCGGUGCCAGUGCCAGUGCCUCAAGUCACCCAGAACCAACCGUCCACCAUUUCGCCAACGGAAGUCAGUUAAUGCCACCCCCCAGUUCAUUUACCCCAUACAACACUGUUUACCAAAAUCAACAACCAUCUUACAGCCAACCUCAGUCGAAUUUCCAGCAUGAAUAUCCUAAUUCAAUGAAUUAUAAUCCGUCCCCUUCCUAUCAAUAUGACUCAGUGACUAAUUACUUCAAGAACCAUCCAAAUUUCGCGCAUGAAUACAGCACAGUGGCUGACAAGGAGAAUCUCCAAGUGGACACUCACAAUAUGCUAAGCACCGACUUCCUGGCAGAUGGUUCCGUUACAAAAAAUAGUGACAGUGAAUCAACUGGUCAGAAAAGUACGGACAGUAGUCCAUCCUCUGUUAAAUCCAAAAUCUGGUCUAUCUCAGAAAUUAUUGGUUCAAGCAUGUCUAAAAUCAACGAAAGUGAUUUGGGUGCUUUUGCACAGUCCCUUCUAGGAGACGAAAAAUGACAACGUGAAAUGUUCUUGGUCAUCUUGCUACAAACUUCGAUUCUGCUAUUUAUAUAUGUUUUAGCUUCAGUUGUUAUUUUUGUUACUAAUUAUAUGCAUGUUGUUACUAAAAUAAAAUCUUUAACAUUU